AUGGAUGCGGUUAAAUCCAAGUAUCCUGGGAUAGAUUUUGCUGAGGUCUACCAGGACUUUCAGACUGGAAUCCUGGACAACAUUAUCAUGCACACCACGCAACCAGAGGUUGCGGCUCCAGCAUGGUCCUUCGUCCGAAAGUGCGUGGCUGCGGCGAAUCUGAACCAGCAGAACAUGCAUAUCCAAGCUGCUGAGGAAGCUGCUCGAGAGGCAUGCGCGGUCUUCAAGCGAAAAGAAUCUCAGAAGGAUGAUGUGGGCGCCCUGCUCCUAGCAGGCAUGCAGGCGUACAAAGCCGAUUUGAAAGCUUACUUCUUGAAGAUGAAAGCACUCAUGGAACGGCGUGAUGCGGACAUGACGCAGUUGACCGCUAGAAAGCUCGAUGGCCUCCAGCAGGCGCUAUCUCGGCAGAAGGGCAGCAUCCUCUCUGCAGUGCCAAGCUCCAGCGUGGCGACGCUGGGGUCUUCUGAAGGUGACUCCGUUUGCGUUGUGGUUACAUCUGCCGCAACACGGGAUCUCACGGUGGAUCUCUUGACAAGCCUGGUGGCUGCCUCGGAGCCCAAGGGCUGUGUUGUGGUUUGCUUACCUCCGGCAUGGCAUCCCGAAGCUCGGAAGGCAGAACUCAUCAUCGCGGAAACAAUGAUGAAGACCGCAGCAACCAAGCUGCCGCUGCAGUUGAAGCAGCUUGGCGCCCUCUCCUCCGCCGUAGUGUUAUUGAACCACGAGAAGCAAGAUGUUGCAGAACAAGCUUCAGAGCUGCUAAAAAUGUUGCUUUCCUCCACAGCCAUGAGAACGGGGGAAGUCGUGGCCGACGGCGUAGGCCGCACCCUCAAUCUAUCACAGGCUUUGGAGGUGUCAUGGUUGGAGCUCCUCAAGGCAUCCCGGAUGCUGUGGGCCGAGCAAGAUGGGGCAGCGCUGGGCCGGGCGGUUACAUCGAAGUACAAGGAGAGCACGCGCAUGUUCGAGUGGACUAGCCUCGAAAAGGCCAGGUUGCGCCAUCAUGAUGGCGUCCUGAAGGCUGAAAGUCAGUUUUCUCUCCACACGACUCCUCGUGUGCUGUACCUGAAGGUGAUUCCUCGAGUUCCAUCCGACGGUGUGGAUCUCCUUGAGGCCUGGAUGAUCGAGAAGAAUGUUUCCGGCGCACCCUUCCCACUCAACUGGAUCCGUGACUCGAAGUUCUUGCUGCCUGCCCUCCACCGCCAGCGAGCAGCUGAUUCUGUUCAGUGUCCGGAGGAUUGGUGUCUCAUGGUGGGUCGCUGGUGCCUCGGCCUUGUCCUGCUCCACAGAUGA